AUGGCUGCACGUGGCUUUCUCUUUCUAUCCUUACCGCUGCACGGAUAUGGCAUGCAGUUGUCGGUGAGCGACGUGCCCUCUGCCGAGGCGACGCCGGAGCCGACGCUGGCCCCCGGGGUGGCGUGCGACUGCUUGCCUGGCGCCUGCUUCAACACGUACGAUCGAGACAGUGAUGGGUGCCUCUCCGCGGCGGAGUGCGCGCUGCAGAAGCACCUGGGCGCGGAAAAUUGCUCCAGCUCGGCCUGGGACCAGGAUGGCGACGGCUGCAUCGACAUGACCACCGAGUGGCCGCACAUCUUCGACAUGUACAACGGCGAGGUCUGCCCUGUCAACGCCCCGCGAUCGGAGACCCACUGCGCCGCCGGCUUCUUCCUGCAGCCCGACGGGGUCUGCGACGAGUGCUUCACGGGCUCCACGCGCCGCCGGCGGGCCCUCGAGUGCUCCGCGUGUCCCACAGGAACGUUCGACGCCGGGCGCUACGACGACUGCCUGUGCGGGCUCUUCACCGCCCAGGACCACCAGGCUGGGGCCACGACGGUCCACAUCAGUUCGGCCGAUGGUUUCAGCGUCGACGACCGCAUCGUCAUCACUGGCCUGUGCGCCAACGAGUCUUCGCCCAGCUGCAACACCACGCAGUGGGAGAGCGUGCUCAUCUCCGCCAUCGCGGGCAACGAGAUCACUAUCGGGAAUCCGCUCCAGUAUUCGUAUUUGAAGUACAGUAGCGUCCGUAUCGAGUGCACCAUUAGAGACGGGACCGAUUUGAGCCACCAGUACCGCAGCUCGCAGUGCGGCAUUCAGGUCAAGCAGUGCGGGUGCGGCGCCGAGGCGUGCGACCCCACGACCAAGUGCGACCUGACGGACCCAGCUGCGCCCAACGGCAGGUGCGCCCCGCUCGAGCGAUACCCGGCGUUCUCGACUCCGGCGCCGACCGUUGGCGCGAAGGGCGACCCGCACUUGGUGAACCUCGCGGGCGAGCACUUCGACAUCAACCACGGGGGCACGUUCAUGCUGCUCCGCUUUCCCCAGGAUACCAGCAAGCCGGCAGACGUGGAGAUUAACGCCCUCGUCGAACCGGAGUGGGGCAAGCCAUGCAUUACAUACAUCACGCAGGUGGAGCUGUCCGGCAAGUGGCUCAACGGUCAGAGGGUGCAGGUCCGCUGCUUCCUGCGCGAGCACUCCGAGAUCGAUCAGGACACCGAGGAGACCGUGAAGCACCGAGCGGCAACGUUUCUCGGCAUGCGCACGCUCGACGAGGGCGACGUGGAGGCCCCGUGGGUCAACAUCACCGACGCCCCGGUCGGCGGCGCCCUGUCCCACCCCGACUCCGAUGUCGAGGUGAAGCUGAUCAAGAGCCAGUGGUUCCCGAAGUCGAAGCACCAGGGCAACAACCCUGGCGUCGCUGGGCAGUUCCAGUUCAACCUGAGGGACAAGCGCAACACGGAGGCCGCCAAGAUCGUCAUCCGCCAG